GCCCCACCCGCCCUGCCGCGGCUGUCAGGUCCUGGGCUGUGCCGGAGCCUCCACGCGGGUGUGGCCCGCCCCUCUCCCCCAGGGGCGCGGUGUAAACACAUCAAAAAGCAAACACCAGGGCCGAGUGGGCGACGGAGGCAGUCGCUGUUCAGUGUCGCCCCCUGCCGGGACCACGCCGCGCCGGGCACAGCGAAGACAGGCUGCGCCUCCGACCUCGCAGCGCUCAGCCUCUUAAGUGGGCGGAAUAACCUCACGCAAGUCAUCAAACAGGACUUCAGUGUUGCAACGAAGGAAGAGAAAGGGCCCCUGAGGAGGCGACAUUCGCACUGCAGCGGCGCAGGGACCAGCCAGGCGGCUGAGGGCAAGGUCGUUCCCAGCAGCGGGGACCGCAAGGGCAAAGGCUUGGAGGGGGGAACGAGCUCGAGUUCCAGGACGGCCGGAGCCAGCGCAAAUCCAGGAGGGGCUGCGGGGCAGGCAGGGGUGUCCCCCACAGGGCGACGGCGGCAGGAACUCGGGAACCGGGACUGCGAGCGGCCCCAUAGGCUCCUUCAAUUUCUGUGAUCCUCAGAGGCCCCAGGAGACCAGGUGAUGGCAGCAGCCAGGCUCUUGCCAGUGCCGGCAGGACCCCAGCCCCUGUCAUUCCAGGCCAAGUUGACCUUCGAGGAUGUGGCUGUGCUCCUCUCCCAGGAUGAAUGGGACCGCCUGUGUCCUGCUCAGAGAGGCCUCUACAGAAAUGUGAUGAUGGAAACCUAUGGGAAUGUAGUCUCAUUGGGACUUCCAGUUUCCAAGCCUGACAUAAUCUCCCAGCUGGAACGAGGGGAAGAUCCCUGGGUCCUGGACAGGAAGGGGACUAAGAAGAGCCAGAGCCUGUGGAGUGACUACUCAGACAACCUCAAAUGUGACCACACUACAGCCUGUACACAAGACAGUUUAUCUUGUCCAUGGGAAUGUGAAACCAAGGGAGAGAAUCAAAAUACAGACUUGAGUCCGAAGCCAUUAAUUUCAGAGGAAACAGUGAUUCUGGGGAAAACACCCUCGGGGAGGAUUGAUCAAGAAAAUAAUGAAACAAAGCGAAGCUUCUGUCUGAGUCCAAACUCUGUUGACCACCGUGAAGUUCAGGGCUUAAGCCAAAGCAUGCCACUCACUCCACACCAGGCAGUGCCUAGCGGAGAGAGGCCCUACAUGUGUGUUGAGUGUGGGAAGUGCUUUGGCCGGAGUUCUCACCUCCUUCAGCAUCAGCGUAUCCACACUGGAGAGAAGCCCUAUGUGUGCAGUGUGUGUGGGAAGGCCUUCAGCCAGAGCUCAGUCCUUAGUAAACACAGGAGAAUUCACACAGGUGAGAAGCCCUAUGAGUGUAAUGAGUGUGGAAAAGCCUUUAGAGUGAGCUCAGAUCUUGCUCAGCAUCAUAAGAUACAUACGGGAGAGAAGCCUCACGAAUGCCUUGAGUGUCGGAAAGCCUUCACUCAGCUCUCACAUCUCAUUCAGCACCAGCGGAUCCACACGGGAGAAAGGCCGUACGUGUGUCCAUUGUGUGGGAAAGCCUUCAACCAUAGCACUGUCCUGCGGAGCCACCAGAGGGUACACACUGGGGAGAAGCCUCACAGGUGCAAUGAGUGUGGGAAAACCUUCAGUGUGAAGAGGACACUGCUGCAGCACCAAAGGAUCCACACCGGGGAGAAGCCCUACACGUGCAGUGAAUGUGGGAAGGCCUUCAGCGACCGCUCAGUCCUCAUUCAGCACCACAACGUGCACACCGGGGAGAAGCCCUAUGAGUGCAGUGAGUGUGGGAAGACCUUCAGCCACCGGUCCACCCUGAUGAAUCACGAGCGGAUCCACACCGAGGAAAAGCCCUAUGCAUGCUACGAAUGCGGGAAGGCCUUCGUUCAGCACUCACACCUGAUCCAGCACCAGAGAGUCCACACUGGGGAGAAACCCUAUGUGUGUGGUGAAUGUGGGCACGCCUUCAGUGCACGCCGGUCUCUGAUCCAGCAUGAGAGAAUCCACACGGGUGAAAAGCCCUUCCAGUGCACAGAAUGUGGCAAAGCCUUCAGCCUGAAAGCAACUCUGAUUGUGCACUUGAGGACCCACACGGGUGAGAAGCCCUAUGAAUGCAAUAGCUGUGGGAAGGCCUUCAGCCAGUAUUCAGUGCUCAUCCAGCACCAGCGAAUCCACACAGGCGAGAAGCCCUAUGAGUGCGGGGAGUGUGGGCGUGCCUUCAACCAGCACGGCCACCUAAUCCAGCACCAGAAAGUGCACAGAAAGUUGUGACCCAUGGCUGACACAAGAAUCCAUUCUCACAGAAACUGCACGUGGAACCACAAGCAGCCUUCAGCCCAAGAGAAGUUUCUGUUAACUCUGUAGGAAGCCUUUCUUUGGUGAUUCAAUGUCACAAAAUAACUCAAAAAAGAAGCACUUAGCAUGCUGUUCCUGUGGAAAAACUUCAGAGACUGCCUGUUUUAUUUUCCUCAACAUCUUGAAGUUAUAUUGGAGAGUAAUCAUAAAAUUGUAGUGAAUUUUGGUAAAAACAGCCAUAAUUCUUUCUUUGACAUUAGUUUAUUUGAACUAAGGUAAUUUAAGGCAUAAGAACUAUUAUCCCAAUAAAAUCUUACAUUCCAAAUAAAGUUCUUUUUCUAAGAACAUUACAUGCCCUUCCUAAAUGUCAAUUAACCAUACAAAUUAUUGCACUUAAAAUUUGAAAGUUGGACUAUUUUCAGUAUUCUCUUAAAACACUAGUGUUAUAUGGAUAAAGUGAUAUAAAAAGAUAUUUUCAUCAAGUAUCAUGUGAAAUGGAUGGAAAGCCUAAGUGUGUGGAAACACCUGUUUUGUAUGAAACAAGGAAAAAGUCUAAAGAUAUAUUAGUGAGAAAUUACAUAAAUUUAAAAAACUUGCUUUUUUUUUUUUUUGGAGACAGUCUUGCUCUGUUGCCCAGGCUAGAGUGCAGUGGCAUGAUCUUGGCUCACUGCAGUCUCUGCGCCCCCAGAUUCAAGCUUUUCUUGUGCCUCAGCCUCCCAAGUAACUAGGAUUAUAAGUAUGCCCCAUCACGCCUGGCUAAUUUUUGUAUUUUUAGUAGAUACGGGUUUUACCAUGUUGGCCAGGCUGGUCUCGAACUCCUGGCCUCAACUGAUCUGCCCACCUUGGCCUCCGAAAGUGUUGGGAUUACAGGCAUGAGGCACCAUGCCUGGCCUAGAAAACCCUUUAUCUGGAGCUUUAACUUUAUUCAAGAUCAGAAAGGAUAUGCUAACUUUUUAGUAAAAAUUCAACUCAAAAAUGGGUAUUUUCCUCAAAACCUGCCCUUAUGACCUGCAGAUCCUGUGCCCCAGAAACCAUGGGAUGUCUCAAUUCCUAUGCAGGCAAAGGAGGGGAGCGUCACACUCGGCAGACCUCAUAGCUGUUACACCAAGUGGGUACCUCUUUACAUCUUACGGUAUUUCUCCCAAAAAAUGCUGAAAAUACUGUUGUUUGGUAGAUAUAUUUAAAACAUACAUUUCUCAAAUUCAGAUAGCUCUUUUACUAUCUCUAAUAUUUCUCUUCCUUUAUUUGAUUUUUUUCAUUUUUUUACUCCUGAUUCAAGAGUCUAGAUUCCAUUGCCAUAUUACUAUGAGGAAGAUGAAUCUGGUUUAUUCAUAAUUAAAAAUUUGUAUUUGUUCAGAAUUAUUCUAAGUUUUUUUUUUUUUUUUUUUUUUUUUUUUUUUUUGAGACAAAGUCUUGCUCUUGUUCCCCAGGCUGGAGUGCAAUGGCACGAUCUCAGCUCACUGCAACCUCUGCCUCCUGGGUUCAAGCAAUUCUCCUUCCUCAGCCUCCCGAGUAGCUGGAAUUACAGGUGCCUGCUACCACACCCGACUAAUUUUUGUAUUUUUAGUAGAAAUGAGGUUUCACCUUGUUGGCCAGGCUGGUCUCGAACUCCUGACCUCAGGUGAUCCGCCCGCCUUGGCCUCCCAAAGUGCUGGGAUUACAGGCAUGAGCCACCACGCCCGGCCAGGGAUACAGUUCUUAAAACUGAAUCAGAACCAUUUCUGAUAGCAGCCAGCUACAAAGGAAUCAAACGUAUGAGAUUCAAGCCACUUCAAAUUCUCAACAUGUUAAGUGCCUGAGAUAGAGAAGGGCUGUCUUCACCCCAGGCCCCCACCCCCAGCAUCUGUCAGCUUGGUGGGGAAGAAAUAGGCACUAGGAUAUUGUUCCUUUUUGUUUGUUUGUUUUACAGACGGUCUUGCUCUGUCACCAGGUUGGAGUGCAGUGGUGCCAUCAUGGCUCACCGCUGCUUCAAACUCCUGGGCUGAAGCAAUCCUCCCACCUCAGCUUCCCAAAAGGUUAGGAUUACAGGCAUGAGCCGCUGUGCCCAUCCAGGCAUUGAUCCCUAAGUCCACAGCAAAACACCACGAUGUAGACAAAAGCUUGUUCCCCCUUCUAUGUACAGACACUGGUGAGAGAAACUGACAACAGUGAGGUAUUAACUCCAGAGAGGAACUGGUAACUGAUUUGUUAACUUGAGAAAGGAGCUGACAUCACUAGUGUUUUACUUCAGAGCAACUGAACCCACUGAAGUGAAAUUCCAGAGGAACUACUAUUACUGAGAUGUUACUUCAGAGGAACUGAGAUCACUGAAGUGAAACUUCAGAUUAGCUCAGGUAACCGAGGUGUUAACUUUGGAGGCGUUGUCCAUUCCCUGAGGUGUUGUUUCCGAUAGAUGAAAUAACUAAGGUGUUACUUCAGAGAAGACAAGAGCGUAACUGUUUCUUUGGAGAAGAGCUGAGAUCACUGAGGUGUCACUUCAGAAAGAGAGACAAUUUGUGUUACUUCAGAGGAUCUGAGUACACUGAGGUGUUUCAUCAGAGAGGAGGUGAGAUCACUGGGUGUUACUUCUGAAAGGAACAGACAUCACUAAUGGGUACUGCAGAGUGGCUCUGACCACUGAGGUUUACUUCAGAGGAGCUGAAAUAACGUAAAUGGGAUACUAAGGUAAUACUUUAGAGAUGGAUCAUUGAGGUAAUUCUUCAGAGAAGCUGAGAUCACAGAGGUGUCUCUUCAGAGAAGUUGAGAUCACUAACGUGAAACUCCAGAAUGGAGGUCACUGACUGCUAUUUCAUAAAGGAAGUGAAAUCACUAUAUUGUACCAUCAGAAAGAUGAGAAUGCUGAGAUGUUACUUAGGAGCUGAGAUUACUGAGGUUCUGCUUCAGAGAAAAGCUGAUAUCAAUGAGGUGUUACUUAAGGGAGGAGCUGAGGUUACUGAGGUAUUAUUCAGGACCACUAUGAUAUCCCUCAGCUGUUAGAAGCUGAGAUCACAGAGAUGUUACUUAACAGAGGCUGAGACUGCUGAUGUGAUUCUUCAGAAAGGAAAGGAGAUCACUAAGCUGUUACUUUAGAAAGGAGACGAAACAACUCCAGCUGUUUACUGGAGUUGAGAUCACACAGGUGUUACUUCAGAGGUGGCUGAAAUCACUAAGGUGAUUCUUUAGAGAAAGGUUGAGAUCACUAGGGGUGAUGCUUUAAAAAGAGGUUACUUUAGGGAAAAGCUAUGACCACUGAGAUGCUACUUCAGAAUGGAGCUGAGAUCACUGAGGUAAUAGUCCAAAGAGGAACUGAGAUUACUGAGGUGUUACUGCAGAGCCAGGAGAUCACUCAGGUUCCCAGAUGAGAUCACUGAGGUGAAAGUCCAGAAACCUGAGAUCACAUCAAUGUUAAUUCAGAAAAUGAGAACACUGUGGUGCUAUCUUAAAUCUUCUAUGAAGGGAAGCUGCCAACCCGUAUUAGUUGAGUCCGCAGCUGGCAUGUGACUCAGUGGCAGCUGCUCAGUGCCCACUACUAUUCAGGCCCCAAUUUCUAAUCAUCAAAGACAAAGUCAUAUUCCAAUUAAGAUGAGAAUAAUUCAGUUAAAUUCAAUACACAGGAACAUUUGUUUAGAAAGACUGUGUAUCACAGGACAACUUAAGUUACACAGUACAAGUUAUUCUGGAUUCCAGUGACCUAGGUUUUCAGAGAAAUCCUUCCAAAAAGUAUAGUUUGUUUUCCUGCCUUCUUAAAGUGAGCUUAAUAUCAUUCUGCCUGUUCUUGCUGUGUCAGGCUGCCAUUGAUCCACUGGCGAGAAUGCAGGCUCAGGUGUCCAUGGAGCCAGGAAGUGGGCUUCAAUGCCCUUCUUUCUGAGGAGGAUUCCCAGGCCAUGUAUUCUUGCCACUCACUUCCUCCUCUCCAAGGAGAAAGGUGGCACAUGACCUACUGGAACAUAUGGGCUGUCUACCUUUUUGGAAUAUAAUAUCAAAGGCCAGGGCCCUGAACUUUCAUGCUGAUAACAGCCUUCUCAACCAUUAUCUGCUGCCUCUGAUUUGUCGGCAGCAUUCCACCUUUAUUUUGGAUUUGUUUUAUUCAGAAGUCUGUAUGUUUUAGAUAUUUAAAUACUUCUCUUUGGCUGGGCACAAUGGCUUACACCUGUAAUCCCAGCACUUUGGGAGGCUGAGGUGGGCAGAUCGCUUGACCCCAGGACUUUAAGACCAGCCAGACCAACAUGGUGAAAACGCUUCUCUAAAAAAAAAAAAAAAUUAGCUGGGUGUGGUGAUUUGUGCCUGUAGUCCCAGAUAUGCAGGAGGCUAAGGUGGGAGGAUUGAUUGAAGCUGGGAGUUCAAGACUAGUGAGCUGUGAUCAUACUACUGCACUCUAGCCUGGACAACAGAACGAGACCUUGUCACAAAAAAUACUUAUUUCUUUUAAAAUUGUUUAUCCUAACAGCUACUAAGAAUUUGAAACGGUUCUCUUCAAAUUUUCUAUUGUUUUGGAAAACAUUUUAGUCUGCCUGGAAUUUAUUUCUGUGUAUAAUCUGACGCUUUCCAAUAAAAAAGUAGUGACUGGAACAAG